AUGGACGCCACGCGACAGCGCACGCAGCGCCCCAUUGUGACGGGCACGUCGGUGAUCGCGCUCAAGUACAAGGGCGGCGUCAUGAUGGCGGCGGAUACGCUGGGAUCCUACGGCUCGCUCGCGCGCUUUACCGACCAGCGCCGCCUCACGGGCGUCCACAAUACGACGCUAUUGGGCGCCGGUGGGGACUUUAGCGAUUUCCAGUUUAUCCAGGACAAGAUGGACGAGCUCGAGGUGUACGACUUUAACCAGGAAGACAAGUGCGAUCUGACGGCGCCCGAGAUCUACCACUACCUCCAGCGGCUCAUGUACCACCGUCGGAACAAGUUUGACCCGCUGUGGAACACAGUCGUCGUGGGCGGUCUGCACCCUGAGACGCACAAGCCGUUCUUGGGCCAAGUGACGAUGAUUGGACUGGCGUUUGAAGGCGACUAUAUUGCCACGGGGUUCGGCCAUCAUCUGGGCAUGCCGCUGCUGCGCAAGCACUGGCGGCCGGACAUGGACGAAGCCGAGGCGCGUACGUUACUGGAAGACUGUAUGCGCGUGUGCUUGUACCGUGACUGCCGAACGAUCAACCGCGUGCAGUUUGCCAAGGUCGCUGCAGAUGGCGUGAGUAUCCCGGAGCCUGUCAAGAUCGACACGAAGUGGGACCACUCGCUGUUUGUCAAGACCAAGUCGGAGUUUGGAGCUUCGUGGUAG